UAGACAUUUUAAUUAAAAAUGAUGAAUAUAUUUGACUUGUUACAUUUUUAUUUGGGUUUUAAUAAAAUCCACUUAUGUAUUAUUAAUUCAUUGAAUAUGAUAGCCUAACAUAUAUUAGAGGUUUAAUAUAAUAUUGAAAUUUGUUCACAUUUUUUGUUAGGUGAGCUCACAGAAUUUAAGUCGAAUUGGCAUUUAGAUUGCCGCUUUGGAAACUAGUGGUUUCACUCCUUUUACUCUUUUACCAGGAAAACAGGGGCACAUGAGCCGCAAGUCUUUGGCGACUACCACCAUGAUAAUACUUGGUUGACCAUGCAUGUAGGUGAAAACCCAAUCAUGCCCACAUCUAACUACCUUUAGCAUUACAAAUCCAAGGACAAAGUAGUCAUUCCAAUUCAAAAGCAAACAAAGCCAUGAAUACUGCUGGCCACAACCUCUGGUUUUUCGUAAACUUUGGGCACCAAAUCCAAACCCAUCUCUUUCCUAUAAAACCAACCCACCUUCACUUCAUCUUCUUCCACAACCCAAAACACUUUGAUUUACAGAGAGAUAUUCAAUAUCCCAUUCACUACUCAAUAUCAGUUCUUUUACUGUUGAUUGUUGUUUGAGUUUUGGAGGAAGAAAAUUAAGAAGAUGAGUCAUAUAGGGAAAGCUUGGAUAGUGGCAGCAAGCGUGGGAGCAGUGGAGGCACUCAAGGAUCAGGGCUUCUGCAGAUGGAAUUACACUAUGAGGUCUAUUCACCAACAUGCCAAGAAUAAUCUCAGGUCUUUUUCUCAGGUCAAGAAGCUCUCUUCUUCCUUUACCGCCAUGGUUUCUAGCAGAGUGAGAGACGAGAAAGCAAAGCAAUCAGAGGAGUCUCUGAGGACUGUCAUGUACUUGAGCUGCUGGGGACCCAACUGAGGAAGCGGAUCUGGAUAUGAAGAUGAUGAUCAUCCUACCACUGAAUCAUCCAUGGAGGGCAUAUCCCAAGAAAGUGAUGAGAACAAUCUUAGUUCCCUACUUCGCUCUCUCAUGCUAAGAGCCUCUCUUCUUUUUCUUCUUCUUCUGAUAAGACGGGUGCGAACAAUGGCGGGUAAGAUGAGAAAAUGAAGAAGAAGACAUAGAAAACAUUGGGAAAAGUCAUGUACUUGAGCUCCUGAAUCCCCAGUGAAGCAAUGGAUAGAGAUUUUGGGACGUGAUGCAAGAGUGCAAAAUUUGUAGAGAAUCGCAGAUAGAUAUGAUGAUUUUGAUUUCAAUGUGUACUUCCAAA